UAUGAGCACGAAAAUCCAGUUCCCUUAAUAUAAAUCAUUCAAUUGUCAACUGAGACAUGCUCUAAGGUUAGGGUCUGACAAGUAGUGGACCUGGUUAAGUUUAGGUCUUUACAAAAUGAAUGCAAGUUAAUGUAAUGUCACCUGCAAUCAUGGAGUGUGUAUGUGUCUGUGUAAAAUGCUACAUUUGGGGACAGCUAGUUUUCCAGUUGGGGAUAACGUAUGAGUGGUCAGGGUAUGUGUAGGUUAAGGAUAAGUUACAAUUCAGUCUCCUAGAAAGUCUCCUAGAAAUGAAUGGAGUCUAUAUUAGGUCCCCAAAAUUUUAAUUGACCUAUGACUCAGUGUCCACCCAACCCUCUCCCUUAUCUCGCUCUGUCUCUCUCUCAGUGCCUCUCUCUCUCUUUCUCUCAGUGCCUCUCUCUCGCUCUCCCUCUCUCUCGCUCUCUCUCUCUCUCUCUCUCUCUCUCUCUCUCUCGCUGUCCCUCAGUGUCUCCCUGCCUCCUCGCUCAGCAGCUCCUCCAUGGAGAGCUGGUGCAGUCGUCCUCUUCCUCACUUCUUUAUCAUGACAUGAGAAGGAGACCGACCUCGGGGCUGAAUCUCGCCGUGUUUAGCAGCGUGUUUACAGAUCAGCCCUCACAUCAUCCCGGCAACUUUUCUCCGUAUUCUUAAAGCGCCCCCUCCCCUGCUCCCUUCAGACCCCUCCCCUGUACUUUUCUCAUCCGCUCCCGGGAGAGAAGUCACUUCUCUGGGAAUCACAGGAGGCUGUUUCUUCUCCCUCUCUCUACGGGGAUCCGCAUGGAUGUGGCAGCGGUAGAGGGGAUGUCUUUGCCGGGUGUCCGACUCCGGAACCGGCCACCGCAAGGGAUGCCGACCCAGAGGAAGGUCCGGGCGAGGCGGAAAAGGCGAAAGGAGUUGGUGUUGAUCCAGAUCUGCUUGUUCGGAGGCUUGCUGCUGCUCGUCAAGGGCUUUUCCUUCUUGGGGGAAAAUUCAGGUUUUGACAUCUCGAGCCGGAGCAGCGAGGACCAGGAGAGAUGGGGAGGAAGGAGGCUACUGCAGGAAAUUGACAACAGCAGCCUGGAGGAAAUAGAGAGUGAACAAUCUAAGAACUGCACAGCUCCAGCUCUGCACGAGUUCCCUACAGACCUGUUCACAAACAAGGAGCGGACAGAAGGAGCCGUGGCCCUGCAUGUCCUGUGUACCAUUUACAUGUUCUGUGCCCUGGCUCUGGUGUGUGAUGACUACUUCGUCCCCUCCAUGGAGAAGAUAUGUGAGCGUCUCGAUCUCAGCGAGGACGUAGCAGGCGCCACCUUCAUGGCUGCCGGCAGCUCGGCUCCUGAGCUCUUCACGUCAGUCAUAGGGGUUUUCAUCACCAAAGGCGAUGUUGGUGUGGGGACCAUUGUGGGCUCAGCCGUCUUCAACAUCCUCUGCAUCAUUGGCGUGUGUGGCUUCUUCGCCGGCCAGGCCGUGAAGCUCUCUCACUGGGCUCUACUCCGAGACUCCAUUUAUUACACGUUUUCUAUCUUGGCCCUCAUUGCGUUCAUCUACGAUGAGAAGGUUUGCUGGUGGGAGUCCCUUAUCCUGAUUCUCAUGUAUGCUGUCUACAUCCUCAUCAUGAAGUUUAACGGUCGGGCGCAUCGUUACUUUGACCGUCGAAAGAAGAGCUCUGUGAGUCUGGCCAAUGGGCUGACAGGAAGCACCGAUCUGGAGGACAAUGUCACGUGUGAUGCUACUGCAGUCCUGCUCAAGAAAGCUAACUUCCACUGUAAGCCAUCAGUGCUGAUGGUGGAUGAGCUGCUGUCUGCAUACCCCCACCAGCUGUCCUUCUCUGAGGCCGGCAUGAGGAUCAUGAUCACCAAUCAUUUCUCCCCCAGGACCCGUCUCACCAUGGCCUCCCGCAUGCUCAUCACUGAGAGACAAAGACUGAUCAACACUUCAGAGACCCGAGUCAACCGCGUCACCAAUGGCGACUCAGACUCAGCGGCCAGGAGUCAGGGGAGGCGGGGCUUAGAGAAUGGGAUGGGCGGGACCGAGCAGGGUCUGAAUGGGAGAUGCAGACUUCAGCGGCUGGAGUCUGGUAAUGAGACAGAGAAUGAAAAUGAGGAUAAUGAGAACAAUGAGAACGACGAGGAAAGAGAGGAAGAAGAUGAUAAUAGAGGCCCCUUGGUGCCGUUCAAAAUUCCAGCUGGGGCGUGCAAUAAACUUACGUGGUUGACCAUGUGGCCGCUGUCCCUGCUCCUGUUCCUCACCGUUCCCAACUGUGCUAAGCGCCGCUGGGAGAGAUGGUUCCUAGUGUCCUUCUUCACGGCCACCAUGUGGAUCGCUGGCCUCUCAUACAUCAUGGUCUGGAUGGUGACUGUGAUCGGCUUCACGCUCGGUAUACCUGAUGUCAUCAUGGGCAUCACCUUCCUGGCAGCAGGCACCAGCGUCCCUGACUGCAUGGCUAGUGUCAUAGUGGCACGGCAAGGUCUGGGAGACAUGGCCAUCUCCAACUCCAUAGGCAGUAAUGUGUUUGACAUCCUUGUGGGCCUGGGCCUGCCCUGGGCGCUGCAAACCCUCUGCAUCGACUACGGCUCCAUCAUCCAUCUUAGCAGCAGAGGUCUCAUAUUCUCUGUUGGACUCUUGCUUGCCUCAGUAUUCUUCACCGUUAUCGGUGUCCAUCUAAACAAAUGGACUCUGGACUGGCGACUGGGCUUGGUCUGCCUCGUCAUGUAUGCAGUCUUCCUGUGCUUCUCCAUCCUCAUCGAGUUCAACGUCUUCAUCUUCGUCAACCUCCCAACGUGCCGGGACAUCCACUGACCUCCCUCCUCCUCCUCUUCUUCUUCGACUUCUUCUUCCUCUGACCGAUGGAGGAAGUCUCACCUGGCUUCCAGUUUUUUGGCACCUUGGAACCAAGUCUUACUAUUUAUUUUUUCAAAUAGAGAAAUAGAGAUAUAUGUAUAUAUAUAUAUGAUUUAUCUUUGGUGCAAUACACACAAGAGAGAGGACACAGGAGGUUUUACAUUUUUGGGGACCGGAGAGGUGGCGUGGAGAGAAAGUCCCAGCAGCUGUGUUUGCUGCCAAUCGUCUGAUGAACCGAAAGUUUGGCGGGAAAAAACGUAACUGUAUUAACACGGACUGUUAGGCUACUGUUGGUGAAGAAGCUGCUACUGUAACUGACUGACUGACUGGAGGAAAGAGAGGAAUCCUGCGCGUACAGCGACUUUAGCUGGAUUGUUUGUUACUCUUUGUACAAGAUUGGAUAUAAGCACACAAUUAAGGUAUUUUUAAGUAAAAACUGACUUUCUCUGUAUAUAUUUGAGGAUUAUAUAAGUACUAAUAUGAGCUGAUAUACAGGACUCUUUUAUGCACAACUGGAUCAGUCUUGCAAAGCUAACUGGUCCAAUAACAGUUACAACAUUGUAAGCUUUAUUGUAGUGGUCUGGUCCCUCCAGUAACACACUCACCCUGCUCAGCACCAGCCAGCGUAGCAUGCUGUAAUAGCCACGAGUACAGUUGCGCUUAGCACUGUCAGAGAGAAUCUAGAUAUUUAACACUAUUCACAUAGAGUCUAUUCUUGUUUGUUUCUCUACAGGCAUAUCCAAGUAGAUGUGGGCUUUGUAGUUAAUGACUAAACCAACAUGAGAAAGGGAUCACCCUGGGUAUGACAUCCAGCACUGUCACUUUAUGGAUUAGAGAUAAUCUUCUAUCUUUGCAAGGCGUCUACAGGUACUCCAAACAUGUAACUACUGAAGUUAAAGCUCCCUCUAGACAGUAGACCUCUUGUGCUGUAUUAAAGAGUUAGUUUUAAGUCUCUGAGUUGAAUCUCACAUUAUUUCUUAAAUUAAAGCCAAAAGUAUUUUUAGAACAGAAGGAGUCGAGUAGAUUUGGACAUAAGAGUCGAUUUUAGUCCUGAGUGUGCGCAUGUGUCUGUGUGUGUGUGUGUGUGUGUGUGUGUGUGUGUGUGUGUGUGUGUGCUUGCGCGUGCGUGUGUGCGUUUGUGUGUCACAAUCUUGAGGGGAACCAAGGAAACCACUGUUACUGGGAAGACAUAAUCAUGAUUUAUUUAUGAAUUAAUUUAUUCAAAGAUCAUGUCUAACCCUACAGUUUCAGCCCUUUGGGUCAUGUACGGUGUAUUAAAUGGAGCGCCCUCCACUCUUUGUUGAUGAAGCUGUAUGUACUGCUGUACCUAAUAUAUAAUUCAAGUACUGGAAACCGACUUGAUGUUGUUUAUAUUUAAGAUCUUAGAAAUUCAUAAUUUAUAAGUUUUGUAUAGUUUGGAAAGAUGUUGCCGCAUUUGUAUAUUGGUGCAAACACAGUGGUUUUUGAAGAUGACACGCGGCCGGGUUGAGAUGACAUGGAGAGAAAAUGCGAUAUUUAUCAAUGGUCUUAACAACAUAGGUAGGAGCCUGAACCCUGUGCAUGUUAAAUAAGUGAUGUCAAAGAUUCACUUUCAGGUAAAAAAGGAUGUUAAUGGCACAUGAAGCUUUGACCUUUCACCUCUCUUACACAGGGCUUGAACUCUUGUGCCAUCUUUUGUAUUUGAGGCUUCAAAACCAACGCCUGUGGCCAUUCUCCUACUUGUAUUUGAGCCAUAAAAAGAACCACCUUUGUCAACAGUAUUGCCACUCUCUUUCAGCAUGUGUUAAAAAAAACUUGGAAUGUGUGUAUUUUUAUUUCAUUUUAAUUUUACCUUGAAAGAUACCCAUGUCAAUAGAAUUGCUUAUUAAUAAUUAAAAGCCUCCUCUGUAGGUGUUGAUGCCCCUCUUGCGGCCACAAGAUAGCGCUGUAGAGCUGUGCUAAACUCCAGAGAUGGCAGUUAUUUUACACAAACAGUAAAAAGUGGAUUGGAUGUAAUUUCAGGUAGGCUUCAUAGGGAUAAAUACUGGAAGGUUUGCAUGCCUUGUUUAGAAUUCAGUUUAUUUUGUUUGUAAUUUUAAUGCGUCUCCCAGAUCAAAAAGGCACUGUCUUGAUUAUGCUGUACAUAUCACAGGGAUAUGCUAUUAUAAACACAGAUGUUUAAAUAACUGAGCAGUUGUAUUUGAGAUAUACAGUAUUUAGAAUGUAGGCCUAAAACAGUUAGUUUUCAGCUAAUUCAUGUCGUUUUAUGCUCAUGUCUUUUGAAUUGUUUGUAAAUCCUAAUUUUUGUUGAUGAGGACCUCUGGACUCGGAGCUCGGAGCCAAAACAGAGACACAAUCAUCUGCCUUGUUCCCAGUGGUCUUCUUGCAAUAAACUGAUUUA